GCUCACGGAGACCGCGUCGCCGGUGCGCCCCCACCGCGCCUUCCACCGCGGUGCGGCCGCGUGCGGCGCGCCCCAUGGGCUGCGGAAGCGGAAAAGCGGUGGUGUCCAAGAGCACUCUGCAGGCCACCGUGAAGUCCGUGACCAGUCCCGAGGACACCUCAUGGCAUGGCAGCAUCAGCACCGCUUUUGCUGUGGCCGGUGGCGGCUCCAGGGCUUUCGCCUAUGAGUUGGGCGUGUACCGUGCCUUGCAUCAGCUGGGCCUGCUGGACAAGAUCGAUUCCAUUGGGAGCGUGUCUGGAGGCACCUGGCUCUCUUGCAUCUACAUGUUUGCGCGAACGUUUCAGGGCUCCCCGGUCACCACCGAGCAACUGCUCUACGGCGCUGCCAGCGCGCCCUCCGAGCUGUCAAUGGCACAGCUCCAGAAGCCGGUGCCGGCGGCGGCCAGUGGCAUGGUGCAGGGUGACUCCGAUAAGCUUUUAGCGGAGCUCACCGUGGAGUUCCUGGGUCAGGAAUGGGAGGUCUGGCCGCACAUCAUGUCGCGAUGGUUAUUGCGGUACUUCGACGAGCUCAAGAGCUUUGCCAAUUACUUGGCACUCGACGAUCAGCAGGUGGAGAGCAUCAAGGCACGGAAUCCGGAGCUGGAGAAGAAAAGCUUCCUGACCCUGCGACCGGAUCGGCGCCAGGCCUACGUGAUGUGUGGGGUGGUGCAAGCGCCUUUGCUGUACCUGGCCACCAACGACAACGUGGUGUCCCUCCAGAUGACUGCGGAUUUCGUGGGGAGCCCCUUCUACCCCAACAAUGCACAGGUGCAGUAUCAGAAGGCUCCCAUUUGCCCUUGCGACAAGUGUCUCUACAAGUGUUGCACAAUGAAGCGGACUGUGGGUGGUGGCUUCGUCGAAAGCUUCGCCUUUGGGGGUGCGGCACCGUCUGGCAAGGGGCAGAUGGGCGGCGAAGGCGUCUCCGUGGGGGCCCCUGAGAAACCCUUCUCUUUGCCCUAUGCCUGUGGUAUCAGUAGCUGGGCUCCAGGUCAGUUGGGAAACUCCACUGACAUCUUGGCGGAGAUCGGCAACAUCCGGAAGCCCUAUUGGCCAAUGCUGCCGCGCCUGGGAACGACGGCGGAGCAGCCGCAGCCCGCGCUGAUGUACGAGCUGGCCGAUGGGGGGCUGAUUGACAACUCGGGGAUCCUGAGCCAACUGCAGCGGAAGGCCUCCAGGAUAGUGGCCACCUUUCCGGCUGAGCACGCGAUCAACGAGUCCUACGACUGGGCCAACGCCACGGCGACCAGCUUCGACCCCAAAACCGCCGGCGUCUGCGACACGCUCUACGUGCUCUUCGGAUAUCCAGGGUCCCACUACAACAACAACGACCAGGUCUUUGAACAGGGGCUCUUGCUGCCGCUGGCCAAAGCGAUCAGGGCGUUAGUCUUAGCAGGGAAACCCGUGGUGUUGAAGAAGACCUUCAAGGUCUUGCCGAAUGAGUGGUGGGGUAUUGAGGGGAACUGUGAUGUGGAGAUCGUCAUGAUCUACAACGAGGUCUGCAAAGACUUUCAAGACCAGCUGCCAGCAGAUACCCAGCAAGAGCUUGCAAAAGGGAAGGAUGGUGCUUUUAAGAACUAUCCACACUAUUCGACCUUGUUCAACAAUCCCCCUGACUGCUUGGGGCUGACGACUCCGCAGGUGAACCUUCUCGCGGCGCAAGCGGAGUACACCGUGAAGAUGCACGCGCAGCUGCUGGAGGAUUUGCUCGACGGCUGCACCACGCACCUCUGAAGCCGCGUUCGUCGAAGCCGCGCCCUUCGUUGCCAACGGCUGCCCCCGUGGGGAACGGGAAGCCGGAACGAGACGCGAGGCCUGGUAAAAUGCCUUUGGCCUGGUUUGAAUGCAGAAGUGCGGCAGAAGAGACCAGACAUCGCAGCCAAAGUGCUGAGUUCGUGGUGGUUUCAGUUCGUGGAUCCAGUCCAUGCUCGCUGAACUCGGAAGCUUGACGUGACGGACGGUGACCGGUUUCGGCUAUGUGCAAGACCGGCGGUGACCGUGCGGUCACCGG